ACCUUAGGGGGAAGGAAACAAGGAAACGUCAAGGACACUGAUGUUUACUAUUGGAUCGUGGUCUGUAGGUGCUUCAUUAUCAUGGGAGGAGAAUUUAACGUUUACGCAAAACCUCCCAUGGGUGUUGUUGUCUCUCUUUAUAGCGGUAAACAGGGACCUUAGAAGGAGGGAAUUACAUUUAAUCUAAAAUGUAUUUCUUAUUUAUUAAAACUACUUUUCACACUUCGCACAAGUAGCCAGGAGUUUCUCUUUGAAGAGCAGAGUAGUGUUUGUAAAGGAAGUGCAGAGGAAUGGGCCGGAAAGAAAGAUCCCGGUCAUACGAAGAGUUUAAUGAUGACGAUGACGAAGGAAACAAACAGUCGGCAGGAUUCUUCGACGAUGCGAUCGACCUGGACCGCGAGGAGACCAACGACAGCGUGUCGCCGGAGGAGGAUGAGGAGGUCAGGGAGAGCAGUCCUCCCAUGAGGUUCAGUAAGGGCUGUCUGAAGAACCUCUUCAUGGUUGUGCUCAUCUUCAUCUACCUACUGCUCACCGGGGUCGCCUUCUUCCUCGCCUACCAGACCAUCUCUGACUUCCUGGAGAAACUCAACCACCCCGUCAUGUCCGUCACCUACAAGGAGGUGGACUCCUUCUCACCCCCGGGUAUCACUCUGUACCCCGGCAGAGCUGAGCUGCUGAGCUGCAGACAUCACUUCCACGACUACAUCCCUCCGUUAGUGGAGCCCGGGACGCACCAGGAGGGAGAGUGCGUGACUCAAGACGUGACGUACGACGGACCGUUCAGCAACCAGACCCUGAGGAAAGCUGUGGUGGUGCGCGGCCCGUCUGACGUCAGGAACAAAGAGUUGAUCUUCAUGCAGUUCAGCCUCAACGAGACGGAGGAGGACUUCAGCGCCAUCACAUACAUGCUCUUCUCCAAGUUCAGUGACCUGACUGAGAGUGAAAAUAAGUCUGACUUCAUGAGGGAGUGUGAGAGGAACUACUCCAUGUGGACGUUCUCUGGAGGAUUCAGGACUUGGGUCAAGAUGUCUCUGGUGAGGACGUCCGGGAAAAGCCACGAGGCGGUGGAGUUUCGGCAAGAGUCCGCUGUGGUGAAAUUCAACGACAAAAGGCCGGACUCGGAGAAAAACAACCAGCUGUUCUUUGCCGUCUUUGAAUGGCGCGAUGCCUUCAUGCAGGACAUCCGACUGAUUGUGACGGCUAAUCCCUGGAACUCCGUGGCCAUCCUCUGCGGCGUCUUCAUGGCUCUGUUCAAAGCCGCUAACUUUGCCAAACUCACCAUCCAGUGGAUCAUUAAAAUGCGGAAGAGGCAUCAGAGAAAUAAAGCUCGGGAGAUGAACCAAAUCCAGUGAGAGACUGUUCCAGAAACACACGGAUGGUAAACUGGGAAAAAACCCUAAUCAUACAAAUGAAGCUCAGCGCAAGUUCAACCAGGAAGACCAUCUUUACUCAUUCAUUUACUAUUUCCAUGUCACUACUCUCUCUCCUCUCAAUAAGUGAUCGGGGGCAUCUCUCCUAGGGUUGCAAAGGGGCGGAACAUUUCCGGUAAAUUUCCAGAAAGUUUCCAUGGGAAGUUAAGCUGGGGAAUUUUGGAAAUAUUCGAUACAACAUUUUUUAAAAACUUGACAUUUCAACAGAUUUUUUAGAACAGAACAAGUUUUAAUUAUUUUAUUGAACAAUUAUUUGUUUGAUUGAAGAACGAAAACAGGAAUGUUGAGUUAAAUAUUACUCAUCUGUGCAUGUGAUGGAGGAAUGCACAGUGCCUGUGGGGGUGUGGUCUCAAUAGCCGUGCAGUAAGUGGCAUGGAUAUUCAAGUGUACUUGAAUGGCAUCUGUUUGUUUUAGUCAAGAUUAUGCUAAAAUAUACUUUCCCCAACUAUAUUUAAGUUCCCUAUGAAGAGCCAACCUUCAAUUUUGAAAAUUCCCAGUUUAUUCCCAUAAAUUCCCGUUAAUUCCCAUGGAAAAUGUCCAUCUUUGAAAAUUCCCGGAAUUUUGCAACCCUAGUCACUCCCCAGCUUAACCAAUCACUUCGCUCUUUUCUCACAAGCCUAUCAUAGCGCUCCAGUAACCCCUUUUAAAUCUGCUCUCCCCCCUCUGACAGCUGUCAUUUCAGGUGACUCGACACAACCCCCCUCCACCCCUUUUCACCUCCUGUCCCUCUGAAUCCAGGGUCAAGCUAAGCCCCUCCCCUUCAGACCGAACCCAACCAUCCAUUCACCACCACCAGUGUCAAGCUAAGCCACUCCCCUUCAGACCGACCCCAAC